CUUGAACCGAGACGUUUCUUCGCUCGCCAUCGCCAAUUCCAGUCGCGUAGUGUCUACUCACGCGAUUGAGCAGGAGAAAAAUACUAAGAAAAACAGAGGAAAUACGAAUAAGGAAAAAUUGUGUGUGCGUUCGCUGCGCUCAUCCCGACCCAUCCUCAAUCUUUGCUGCCUCAAGGUGGUUUGGAUAUUGAAGAAGUGCUGCUUUUGCGUUUGCAAUUUUUGUUCUCUGCUGUGAGAUAGGCAGCGGAAAAAAAUCGAACAGAUCAGCGUGGAAAUUUUCUGACGAAUCCGCCUCGGCGUAAGGACACGGAGUGUGUGUGUGUGUGUAUGUGUGUGCAUAUACAUAAUAUCGGUGUGGUGUAUCCAUUCAAGGUUCCCCGGAGGAUUUAAUGAUGGAAGAGAAGAAUUCACCGCAAGGAAGAAAAACCUGUCAGUGAGGAAAGCGUUCGCGGAAGCAAGCGGCAACAACUCGAAGAACGAUUUUCUUCUCCGGCUGUGGGUAUAUUAGUUUUCAUUCGAACUCCGUCUUUGGGAGGCGAACAAAAAAAUGUGUGUGAAGAUAUUUUUUCCUCUUCUGCGUUUAUCGAGCUCAGGCUGGUGGCGAUAGCUGCCGAGAAGAAUUAGGAUUGCGGUGAGGUGAACAAGUGUGUGCGGCGUUUUUUUUUUCUUCUCCGUCUUCUCCGAGCUCUCGCUCUCGCGGUUCUAUAUCCCAUUCGAGAAGACGACGGUCAAAAAUCGCGUGCGUGCGGUUGUGUGAGUGAGUGAAUGUGGUGGGGCAGACCGGCGGGACAGUGUUGGUGAUUUGCAACAAAAUAGAAGAGAAGAAAUCCCGUCACAGUGCAGACAACCCGAGCAGAAAAGAAAAAGAUUGUUUUUAUUUUCUUGUGGUUUCGUGAUUUUGUUGGUGCGGUCGAAGCGGUGUCGCGAGCGGAGAAGAAGCAGAAACAAUCGGUAGAAAAGCCAUACAUAUCACAGGAGGCAUCUCGUCUAGGAUCUCAGAGGGCGGAUUUCAUCAUAUCUCGUUCCACUUCGGUAUUUUAUAUCUGAUACGCACCAUCCAACGACUGUUAACAUUCAUCACUCGAUUGCUUCGAACAUUUGGGCUCCGUGCUUGAACACCACCAUGUCGAAAGCCCACAAAUUGAAUCCAAUUCUAACGGAUGCGAUGGUGGCCAUCGCUGCUGCUGCUGCUGCAUUGGUGCGAAUGCUCCCGAAGGAUUAAUUGGCUGGGAGAUAUGAUGCGGAAAAAUGACGCUCCCAACAAUGCAUCUGACAUGAUGAUCUUCGAUUCAGUGUUUCGAGGAAAAUAAUUCUGUGAGAGUGAAAUUAUAAAAUAAUAUAUAAAAGAAGAUAAAACCAGUGUGUGCUCUUGGAAAAAAAGUUCAAUAUUUGUAAAGGCUGUUUAUGAAAAAGGUUGUGACGGAAGGAAUUGAACGAUAAAUACACCCAACACAGUAGGCAAAGAAUGGAUCUACUGGCUUCCUUAACGUCGUCAUCCUCGUCGCCGUCGGGUGGCGCAAGUGGCGGCGGCAGUGGUAGCGGUGGCGGAGGUGGUUCUGGUGGUGGCGGUGGCAGAAUGCCACCCUCUGGUGAUGGCCCGUCGGGUAGCGGUCACGAUCAGCAGCCCCAGAUCACCUUCGAACGGCUCAGGGAGUGCGGCAAAAAGCUUGUUGCGACCCAAAUUCAGCGCGAACUGUCCGAGACCGGACAGUCGGAGAGUUUGAAUCUGCUCCUGGAUGACUUCCUAUCACCGGCGCGACACAUUACCGACGCCGAGAGCAUCGAGUGGUGCAAAUGGCUGAUAGCAGGGGGCGACACGCCGGCUGAGUUCGCUUCGAUGGUGCGCGGUUACGAUAACCAUGCCAAGUGCGGCCUCGUAUGGAUUCCCCACGUGGUGGCUUACCGGUGCCGGACGUGCGGCAUUUCCCCCUGCAUGUCCAUCUGUCGGGAUUGCUUCAAGCGGGGCAACCACGCGGAUCACGAUUUCAAUAUGUUCCUGUCGCAGGCCGGUGGGGCCUGCGAUUGUGGCGAUACCUCGGUGAUGAAGGCGGAAGGCUUCUGCAGUGAUCAUGGUAUCAACAACUGUCAGAACAAAUCCCCCGUGCCGGAGGACCUGAUGGUGAUUGCGGAAGCGAUGAUGCCCCGCCUGCUGUUGCGGCUGUUGCUGCACUUUCGCGAGCACAAUGGCACCAGCCACAUUUCGACGGUUUACAGCCGGACGGCCAAACACUGUGAUGACUACUGUAGUAUGCUGAUGGAGUUCAACAACAUGGGUGAACUGAUGCGACGGGUUAUGACCAAAGCUUUGAUCGACGAGGGCACCUACCGGCGGCUGGUAGAGCCCCCCUUUCUCACCAACCAGUAUGGAGCCUAUCUGGAGCGCAGCCGGCGGAAGUACGAGGAAGCGUUACGGAUGUUUCCCUCCCCCGAGCCACCCGAUGAGUACAAGCAUCUGCCGGCGCUCGGGAAGAACAUCAUUCACAAGACGCUGCUCGAGGAGUUCAUAUUUUGGACGUUGAAGUACGAGUUCCCGCAGAAUAUUGUGUGCUUCCUGCUGAAUAUGCUUCCCGAUCAGGAUUAUAAGGAGCACCUAACACGCACCUUCGUGAUGCACUACUGCCGGAUACCGAGUGUACUGGAGAUGUCCAACGAUCCGGACACGCUCAGCAACCGGGUGGUCCAUAUGAGCGUCCAGCUGUUCUCGAACGAGAGUCUCGCGCUGAAGAUGGUCGAGGAGCUGAACCUGCUGCACGUGAUGAUUAUCAGCUUGCGCCAGAUGCUCUCGAAGAUUCUCACCCAGAAUAUCUUGCAUGACCCGGACAAAAACUUCCACUAUGUGAUCGACUGUACGAAGCGUGUGAUGAAGGAGCACUGCUACUGGCCGCUGGCGUCCGACUUUAACAAUGUCCUAUCGCACGAGUCGGUCGCGCUGGUGUUUCUGAAGGAUAACGAUCUGAUCGAUAUGUGGUUCCAGUUCCUGUCGAUGCUGCAAGGAAUGAACGUCAACGUGCGCGAGACGGGCAGCCACGUCGAGUUCGAGUCGAACUCGUACUACGCAGCCUUCAGCUGCGAGCUGGAGGCCAGCGCCUACCCCAUGUGGUCCAUCAUAUCCCACCUGAAGGACCCGUCCCAUGCCCCGCUGGCGAAGAACAUCAUGUACUUCUGCGUGAACUAUCUGCAGGAUUGGCUGGAUGCGAUCAAUUUCUACCACCAUCCGAAGUUCGACAAGGAGGACGGUUCCUUCAAGUAUCAGGCAUCGUUUCACUUCCCGCUGCACCGCUAUCUGGCGGCGUUCAUCUGCCAGGGCGUAAAAACCAUGGGUAUGUCGCUGAGUGACAUCCUACCUUCGGCGGAUCUGCUCCCGAUGCUGAUGAUGCACCCGCUGCGGGUUCAGAGCCUCUUCUACGAGAUCCUGUCCGGGAUAUGGGUCCGCAACGGGCUGCAGAUCAAGGGCCAGGCGAUGACGUACCUGCAGGCGAACUUCUGCAACUCGAUGGUGGACAUGGAUCUGUUCUUUCUGCAGAUCUGCGCCACCCAGCUGCCCGCCAACAUGUUCCUAACGGAUUGCAUUUCGAUCUUCGGCGUGACCGAGUGGCUCGGGAUGGGGGUGCUCAGUGCGCCCCAGGAGAUGGAGCAAGAUUCGAUGCUGGAGGGGUUGUUGACGUUUUUGGCGACGUUGAUCACCUCGCGGGUGAAUCUGGGCAAUGACGAGACGACGCAGUGCAUCAUCGAGAUUAGUGCGCUGCUGGCGACGGGGGAUAAAACGCACAGUCAGCUGCUGGAGCUGAUGCCGGAGCGGAUCAUCGGGAAUGCACACACGAGGAACUUCGAGAAGUACUUAAAGGAUCUGUCGGUGUAUCGGCCGCCGCCGGUGGGGUCGGAGAAUCUCGAACAGGGUUUGUUUAUGCCGAUUGGGGAGGUAUGGGAGAAGUACUAUGAUCCGCUGCAUGUGUUGUUGAGGGCGGUUCACAGGAGAGAUUUUCAGAACUCGAUGGAUCGGUUCAGUGGGUACGUGAAGGGGGUUUCCAAAAUGCCGAAAAGUGGAAGCCUGUGGCCGCCGUUCCGGCUGCCGGGUUCCUGUGGUAAGGUUUACAGCGAUCCGGGAAGUAUUUUGAGCUCGAGAGUGUUGCACGCGACGCUGUUGGCAAUUUUCUACCGAGCCGUCCACACGCACAAUGUGUCCGAACAUAUGUUGGCGAUGGCGGUCUUCCUGCUGGAGAUGGCUGUAAACAACUGCGAGAAGAAUAAGGACAACGGGAACGAGCUGGAGUGUGGUGGUGGAGGAGGAGGUUCUUCGGGGACGACAAGCCGCAGCCGACAUGCUGCGGCACAGGAAGGUCGCGAUGGGGUACCCGAGCUGUUGAAUUGCUAUCCGAGCAAUUGCUUGAGCGAUAAUUUGAAGAUGAUGAUCAAGAAAAUAUCGCUGCUACCGGGAGAGCCGCAGGUUCUACCGGCGAACUAUCAGAAUCAGAGCGCGGGAACGCCUACCUUCGAUAGCGAUGGGGAUUGGGAGUUGUCGGAGAGUGAAACGCUACCGAUGUUGGUUGGUAGUGUGGAUACGGAUUACGGGCAGCAUUUGAAUAGUAGCGGAGGGGAGGUUGCUAUCCCCCAGGAUUUGUCGGUGGUCCGAGGAAGUUCGCUCGCUAGAAGGAUUGAUGACGAAGAUGAUGAGGAGAUGGGUCGGAUGAUCGUGGAAGAUGGGCUGCAGUCGUUACCACCGAUAGGUCAACGACAAGCGCUCACCCUUCCGAGCUACCACAACAACGAGCAUGGUGGCGAUGGUGCGAUGGUCGUUUCGGGAGGUCCUCUUCCAUUGCCGGCACAUACGUCGCCCGUCGGACCGGGUGCCGUGGCGAUUCCUCGCGUCACCAGCGAGGUGUACAACGAGAGCAGUAUGGAGCUGGUGAUUCGCCAUGAUUUUUCGAUCGUUCCGACACAAACUUCUUCGGCUGUGAGUGAGGCUAUGCGGACGAACACCCCGGACACGACCAUGUUCUCGUCCUCGGUGUCCUCGAACGUCGGUCUCAUACUUCCCUUCAAUCGUGUUCAACCGGUUGCAGUUCCUAGUAGACCACAGUUGCCGGCACCGCCGGUCAACUCUACGACUACCAUUGCCAGCGCUGGAGGCACCGCUUCCACCAAUUUCGGUAGUGCCAGCACCCAAUUGGUGCACCAGAUGGUGGCGGCGGCGGGACAGACGCGCCACAAACGUCGCAACAUCGAGGCUCCUGGAGAGCACUCACACGAGCCCGACACGGUGCUGAUCGAGGAGAGCAUUCUAUCGCUUCUGUUGAAGCUACACUCCCAACUCAGUGGGGCACUGGAUAGCUUCUCGCUGGACGACUCACAGGAGGAGGAGGACGAAUUCAUGGAUCAGGAUAUGGAUGAUUCGAGUAGCUGUUCUUCUAGUCACCGGCCGCAUCGGAUCAAGGUGUCCGAGUCUCGCAUCGGGGACGGGCCGUUUUUCAUCGGUAAUUUGCUGCGAAAGAUUGCCCGGCUGGACGAGGGUUGUGCCCGCAAAAUCAACGAAAUUCGACACACCUUGUGGCCGAACCAAAGAGAGCGUCAGGCGGAACAGAAAGCACGCGAGGCUAAGGAACGCGAGGAACGAAGCAAGAGGGCGAAGGAGCGUCAGAAGAAGAUGAUGGAGGAAUUCGCCAACCGGCAGAAGGCAUUCAUGGAACAGGCGGCCUCGAACAUGGAUUGCUUCGAGGGUGACGAAGAGGACGAGGAGGAGAUGAUCGAGAUGCCCCAGGAGAAGGAGUACGACUGUAUUAUUUGCAAUACGACCGGGCCGAGUACGGAGUCCAAUCCGAUCGGGCUAGUGGUGCUGGUGGAGUCCAGCAGUAUCGUGGGUCAUCGGCGGAAGGACGAGGAUCGUUGUCCGCUGCCGCUGAACGACGAAGAUAGGAUAAGACUAGACAAAAAUGUGAAACUAGUGUCGGAGUUCAACAAACGGGUGGAUCUGUUGCAGUGGAAGUUUGGUGCAACAUCCUGGUUCCUGUCGCACAAUAUCGGUUGGGAAGGGGGCGUCCAUGUGCAAUCCUGCGGACACCACGUUCAUCUAACCUGUCAGGACUCGUACCUCAAGUCGCUGCACACAUCGGCUCGGCCUCAAAAUUUGAACGUCGAGCGGGGUGAGUUCUUUUGUCCCGUGUGCCGUCAGCUUGCCAAUUCGGUACUCCCGCUGAGUCCCACCUUAGAUCGGCCAACGCCACUAAUACGGGCACCCUCACCCGCCCAGCCCACUCUAGUCAACGAACUGAUGAACCUCAUUAAAGAUAACAAACGUCCACCGACGACCACCAAAUUCUACGACGCCAUGGGCCGGGCCAUGGAGAACAUGACCAGCUGUACCCAGCGGAACAUUAAGAAACAUCCCGUGACCCUGCAAAGUCUAUUCUCCUUUGUGAUCUCGAUCGCUCGCAUCAACCUGGAAUCGGAGGUAAUCCAGUGGGGUGGGUCGCUCUGUACCCAGAAGGACCUCCGCUAUAAACCCAAGUGGGACUGUAUUGUUCCGCUGCUUCACGUGCUGUCGCUGCACGUUCGUAUUAUGAUCAACGACGAUUCGCCGAUGCGCUUCAAGGUGGGCGACGAUUGGCCAGCGUGGCGAUCUUGGGCUACCCUGUGCGGGAUUCAGCUAGCACAGCGCCAACAGGACGAGACGGGUGGCGCAAGCUCAACGACGGCGGCUGCCACGGCAGCAACGCUUGGGAUGUCUUCGCCAGGGAUGGAUGAUAACAAUCAUGCGACGACAACUCCGGUACCUUCCUAUAGCACUAGCGAGAUCAUUCCGGCUUUGCUGAGCGAUCCGUGUGCCCUGAUGCUGAAGUUCAUUCUGCUCGCUCCGUUGCAUUUGGAUCAAGCCUACUUCACGUGCAUCGUCAAGGCAACGUACAACCUGCUGUACUAUCAGAUCGUACUCCAGCUGUGCACCCACCUGACGGACGAGGAGUGCAAUCAGUUGGUGGAAAAGUAUUCCUCGGCUGUCGUGCCGCGGGAGAAAGGUGUUUCGCACAUCGGUGCCGCGAUGGCAUUCAUCCUGAACAACCUGGACCGCUGUCGGUACAUCCGCUCUGAUAGUGUCCUCAUGACGGGAGGUUCCUCGAUGGACCAGUUCGGCGACAGCCAAUCGCCGUCCACCCCGAAUGGAGGCGACGAAUCUUCGACGCCAUCGUCACCACGGCGGCAACUCGAGCUGGACGUGCUCGAGAAGAGCCUCCAGCGUUUGUGUCUUCCCUUUCUGCGUGUGGCCGCUCUGCUAAGGCUGCACAUUUAUGGCUCGCCGAUUCCGGAGAUUCCGGGACCCCAGUGGGAGUUCAGCAGGCUGGUCUACUACCUGGAGCUGGUCACCGUCGGUAUGGAUCUGGACAAGUUCAACGCAAGCAAGGCGCUGUGCUUCCUGCCCGGGACGGAGCUGGCGCUGCCCAAGUUCUGGUGCGAUCAGUUGCGCGAAAUUCGUCCGACGUACGAAUCGACACGAUCGCUGAUCGUGAGCCAGCACAUCGAGUGGCAGCAGCCGAAGCUGCUUCAACUGCCGAGGGAAUAUGAACGACUGUUUACGUACUACCAUGAGCAGCCCUGCCUGAAGUGCAUGAACGUUCCCAAGGAAAGCUCGAUCUGUUUGCUGUGUGGUACGAUCGUAUGCCUGAAGCAAGUUUGCUGCAAGGACAAAGAGUGUUGCGAGGCUGUGAGGCAUUCCAUUAGCUGCGGUGGAGGAACGGGUAUCUUCCUGGUGGUGACGUCGACCUACAUUAUCAUCAUCCGCGGCCGUCGUGCCUGCCUUUGGGGCUCCCUUUAUUUGGAUGAUUACGACGAAGAGGAUAGAGAUUUGAAGCGUGGUAAACCACUGUACCUAAGUGAGGAUCGCUUCAACCUGCUCGAGUCCCAGUGGCUCUCGCAUCGUUUUGCUCACACCAAGCACACCUGGGUGUGGCAUCGGGAUUCUUUGUAAAUGAAUCGAGGGCGUGCGUGCGUGUGUGAGUGAGUGAAGUGUGUGAGGCACAAGACUGCUGUGUUUGUUGCAAAAAAACGGAAAACAAAACUAGAUAAAAAUCAUUAAUAACAAGGAAAGAAACAAAGCGAAGCUAAACACGAUACUUUGACAUAAUUCGAGACGAUUGAAAGCCAAGCGGAAUAGCAAACAACAACGACUAUUAUUAUAUCAGUAAGGCUACAUGAAACAAACACUAUUACUAUUACCACUACUAUUACUACUAUUCCUACAAGACCACAUACGAACAUUAUCUCUUGCUUUGUGAUAUUUGUAACAGUUAUAAUGCAGAGUACCCUCAUUAAACUAAAUCUUCCCCCAUAUCCAUCUCACAAUAAGCGAAGAAGAACACCGACUCUUCUUGCAUAAACUAGUUAAUGAUCGAACUGUAUAUUGAUUAGUGUAAGCUUAAACAUAUUAUAACAUUUGUUUAAAUUGAUUGCUCAGUGCUAGAUUGCAUUUGCGUUCGUUCUGUUUAUAGUUUUUAAAAUUUAAUUCAGCCGUUUUUUCCUGCUCCGAGCGCGUGACCACAGCUCUCAGCCUAUAGUGUUAACAAUCGAUUCUUGCUCAAAUUAACCACAACAACAGUGUAGUGCGUGCGCUAUUGUGUGUGUAUGUGUGUGUGCGUGUGCUAACAAUCUUCGCCACUAGAGUGUGAUUACACCCCCCGGAACGACGAGAAGCUGAAAGACAACUGCCUUAGAACGCAUGAAACACAUAAAAAUAAAACAAAACAGCAAAACAGCAAGUAACAUAGUAAGAUUAGAAUGUAAGAGAACAAAACAUUUGACUAGGAUUUAACGAAUUGUGGCUUCUCGAUGGAGUGAUCAAAAAAAGAGAAAGAGAGAGAGAGGAAGAGGAAGAGACAGACGAGGGUGGCGAACUUUUCGAAACCUUGUUGCUGUUCAUAAGUCGGUCUCUUCGGUGAUAAAGUUUAAGGAUAAAGAGAGGAGUGAAUGCGAGGAUGAUGAUGAUGAUAUGCUAAGCGUUGAUCGUUUGUUUACUUUUUUUCUGUUCGUAGUAACACAAUUAUUACACACUAGCUAUCCUAUAUAUAUAUUUGUUAUUAUUAUUGUAUAGAGCGAGGAAAGACGAGAGAAAAAGAUGGAUGUGUGAAUAAUAUAAUGGUAACUACUGAUACACACAUUGAACGCGUGCGAAGAGGUUUUCAUUUGUGUUUCUGUGGAAGUCAUCGUCGUUAGGGCGCGCGUUGGUCAUGAUCUGAGAUGCGCAUCUUCCGGUCCGCCUGCGACAGGAUUAGAUUAUUACACUACUAGAUACCCAAGUUACAUAUAUGUAAAACAAUAAAACCAAUAAUUAGCGUUUAGAUCAAUAAAUUAAAUUCAUGGUAUAUUAUGAAAA